AGAAGGGUUAGCAGCAGAUCCACAGAUCAAUUAACCCACCCAAUAUUCUCUUAAUCCACCCAGAAAAUAAAUUCUUCUUUUUUUUUUCUCUCUCUCUCUCUCCAAUAACGGGGUGGAGGGACUUCCCAAGGAAGCUGCUGUUUCACAUGGCCUUCCUAUCUAUUCUAAUUACCGAAUACCUAAUAUUGUGAAUUAAUUAUAAAAAGUGCCACUACUAUAUGAUAUUUUGUCUAUUUUAAAUGAACUGCCUUGCAUGUGUGCAUGUGAAAAUUUGCAGUAUAAUAACAAAGAAGGAGGGAGAAGGAGAAGGAGAAAAGGGAAGAAAAAAAAUAAUUAAUCUGAGAGAAAUGGAAGUUGGUGGGGUUCAGACCACCAUUGAUAAUGUGCUAUCACUUUCUUCCAUUUCCUCCCGUUUGCUUCUCCCUUUUUCUACUCCUUUUCCUUUAUAAUUCACUUGGGAACUCCCUUUUGAGUUAUCAUGUUACUUUGGUUUAAUGUGUAAAUUUAGUCCUACGAAAAGGAAAAAACUAAAACCGAAAGAACUAACUUGCAGAUAAGCACAAAUUGAAUUAUAAAUAAAACUUAGGGGAACUAAGCCUACAUUAAGCCUUACACAAAUCACAGUUUAGAGUAGGCCUAACAACUUCUUGCACAAUCCGUUAACCUAAUAUGAAACGAAACAAAAAUGACAAAUUUCAAGUCAACCGUUAACGAUUCGGGUCAUUGUCGGAUCACCCAUGUUAACGAAUCACGUCGUUAUCGGAUCACCGGUUAAGAACAUGACCUAUUUUGAAGGUCUAGACAUUAGACAUGACAAUUUCUUGUAUGACCCAUCAACCCGAUACAACCCGUUAACGAGUCAGGUCGUUAUUAGGUCACCUGUUGAGAACCCUUUAAGAUAACAGAUUUGAUACAACAGAAUCUUGUAAAAUAAUAGGUAAAACAUAAAACGGACAAGAAUACAAUAAACACAAUCGGUUUGCCAGUUUAGAGCCCCUUAUUAUACGUUGAGUCUCCAUCCAAAUGCAUUUUUAAAACUGAUGGGAAUAGUUCUCUAGUUAUCAUUUAAUAUUAGCAGUAAUGGUUAAUAUCAAUUUGUAUUAAUUGUUUGUUCACCUUGUAACAUGGCAUGAUUCCCUCGUAUCAAUCAUGAGGAAUAUAUGACAUGUUCAUUUGAGUUAUUGACUCUAAUUUAACCAUAUAAAUUAACUACAUAAUGCGUAUGAACUGGCUAUGAUUCUAUAUUAUUUCAACUGUCAGACAAAAAAUGCAUAACGAAGGUUCAUAAUUCUUGUAAACUUCUUAUUUCUCAUCAUUUUCUUAUGCUGCAUAAAAAAAAUGUUCAUUAAAGUUAGAAAUUAGUUUACUAGUAGUGAGCAGCGACCAAGAUGAUUAGGGUUUGAUGUUGGCAAAUACACACGCUUUGAUAUUUUAUUCUUUUUCUUUUGAUUAUACAAUGAUGGAUCCACUUUGGGCAUCAUUUUCUGAAUAUUUGUCAUACUUAGAAGUUACUCUUUACAAGCUGAAGAAGGAAAGGAAACCCUAAGAUCGAUGAAACCCAAAUCAUUCGAGCAUAUGUAGCUUUGGGUUCCACAUCCUUUGUGUAUGCCUUAAGAUAAAGUGGCUUUUAAUCUGUUCCAAACUUCCAUGUACUAGGUAUAACUGUUUUAAUUGCUUUUGACAUAAACGUGUGGAACAUAUAUUUUUGUAAAUAUACAUUCAUAAAGAACAAUGUUAAGGUCAGUCGUAACGUGUUUGCAUGAGUAACUUUCAACCGUCAAUCUGUUAUAGGUCAUACAACUGCAUCAACGGUUGAGAGUCGUCCACGCAUAAUGUGAUGAAAGUUGAUUUUUUUUAAAAAAAUUAUUAAAUGCACUAUUAAGUUGAGCGUCCAUAGGCAUGCCAAUGAUUUUCACCGGUUAAUACUUUUGAGUUUCACAAUGCAACGCAUCAAUAAAUGAAGGUCAUCGACUUGCACGUACGUGAACGCCUAUCGCUAGCAGGAUCCAUUCAUGAUUAAACUGAUUGAAAGGAAAGGCCGCACGAAUCAAGCUCAAUUGGGUAAUUUCCAUUAUCACAUUGGGAUCAAGACUUCCCAUAAAUCCCAAGAUCAGUUUUGAAUAUAUGAUACUAGAGAUAAACAGUCCUAUCCUACUGUUUAGUCUCAUUACUUUUAUUAAGAAGUAAUUACUUAAAUCAGACAAAGAAUUAAGAGAAAAGGUAACAUUUUAUUAUGUUUUUAUGAUUAUCUACUCAACUCACUCAAGUUGACUAAAUAUGAUAUAACAGAUAAUAAGAGAAGAACACUCGCAGAGGAGAAAUUUUUUCAGUGUGCCAAGAACAUAGUUUGUAUUAGAAUAUAUAUUUAGUGUACUAAGUCAUGUUUCUGAUACACUGAAUAUCGAUCGAGAAAGAGAGCAUGGUAUUCACCACAUUCUCUGUCCCAUGUUUGGUGUCGGAGAAACUUCCAAUAAGUCCAAACCCUUCCCCGUCAUUACUCGCGGUUAACAGCCUGUUGCAGUCCCCAAGAUCUCACGAGCCCUCAUCUUCUCACAAACUAAUCCACCCCAAUUAUUCACUAUUAUUUAUUUGUUGUAUACCAUCACAUAUGCAUUAACCAAUCUUCUUCUUUCCACUACUCCUCAUACAACAACAGUUAGUUACACUCUCUCGCCUUCUCUCUCUAUCAGUUUCAGAGACUGAAAAUGGUGGAAAACCAGAGCGCAUAGCAUGGUUACGAGCGUUUACCCUUGCACCCGACCUCCUGUGUUCGAAUUCCACCCUCCCUCGUGUCAAAGAAAGACAAAACCCAAUAAGGAGAUUUAGUCACAAGAUGCAGUUGAGCAAAACCCAAAUGCUGAUCUUCUUCUUUUUGUGCUGUUCUUCAUUUGGAUUUGCAGCUGUGGCCAAUGAUGAAGUUUCCGCUCUGCUUUCGAUAAAAGCCGGUCUCAUUGAUCCACUAAAGCUCAAAGACUGGAACUUUCCAGAAAAUGAAGCUCACUGCAACUGGACAGGCGUAUGGUGCAACACUGAGGGGCACGUAGAGAAGCUUGAUCUCUCCCACAUGAACCUCAGCGGCCCGAUAUCCGGCAACAUCCAACGUCUCAAAAGCCUCACUUCCCUCAACCUCUGCUGCAGUGGCUUCUCCUCAUCACUGCCAAAAUCCAUCUCAAAUCUCACAGCAUUGACAACUUUUGAUGUGAGUCAAAACUCACUUGUUGGUGAGUUUCCAUGGGGGUUUGGAAGAGCAGGAGGGUUGACGGAACUCAACGCUUCGAGUAACAAUUUUUCGGGUUUUCUUCCCGAGGAUCUCGGCAAUGCCACAAUGCUGGAGACUCUGGAUCUCCGAGGGAACUUUUUCGGGGGCUCGUUUCCAAAGGCAUUCAAGAACUUGCAGAAGCUCAAGUUUCUUGGGCUUUCCGGGAACAAUUUCACCGGGGAAAUCCCCGCUGAGCUUGGAGAGCUGUCCUCAUUGGAAAGUAUGAUUCUUGGGUACAAUGAGUUUGAAGGUGGCAUUCCAAUGGUGUUUGGGAAUCUUACCAACCUCAAGUAUCUUGAUUUGGCAGUUGGGAAUCUUAGUGGUGAGAUUCCAGCUGACUUGGGGAGGCUUAAGGUGCUGGAGACAGUGUUCUUGUACAAGAACAAUUUUGAAGGCAAAAUCCCAGCUGAAAUCGGCGCCAUUUCUACAUUGAAAUUGCUUGAUCUUUCCGAUAAUGUAUUAUCGGGGGAAAUCCCAGCUGAAAUUGAGGAGCUGAAGAAUUUGCAGCUUCUGAAUGUGAUGUGUAAUCAGUUAUCAGGUUCGGUUCCAUUAGGAAUUGGAAGUUUGAGCCAGUUAAGUGUUCUUGAGCUAUGGAACAAUUCGUUUUCAGGUCCUUUGCCCAGUGAUCUUGGCAAAAAUGCCCCAUUGCAGUGGUUGGACGUUUCAUCCAACGCGUUUUCCGGCGAGAUUCCAUCCACAUUAUGCAACAAGGGCAAUCUCACCAAGCUCAUCCUCUUCAACAAUGCCUUCGCAGGUCCAAUUCCGGCGAGCCUAUCCACAUGUCUUUCGCUUGUUCGUGUUCGAAUGCAGAACAAUUUUCUCUCCGGGACAAUCCCAGUUGGGCUUGGCAAGCUUGAGAGGCUUCAAAGGUUAGAAUUGGCAAACAACAAUCUCACUGGUGCAAUCCCAGAAGAUCUUUCUUCUUCUACUUCACUCUCUUUCAUUGAUAUCUCUCAAAACCGCCUCCAUUCUUCUCUUCCUUCCACCAUUCUCUCUGCUCCAAGCUUGCAAACCCUGAUGGCCUCGAAUAAUGAAUUGGUCGGCGUAAUCCCGGAUCAAUUCCAGGACUGCCCUUCACUUUCAGUGCUUGAUCUCUCAUCAAACCAUUUCUCAGGAACCAUCCCAGCAAGUAUUGCUUCAUGUGAGAAAUUGGUAAGCUUAAAUCUGAGGAACAACCAAUUGACCGGAGACAUCCCGAAAUCUAUUGCCAUGAUGCCCACAUUGUCCAUUCUUGAUCUGUCCAACAACUCUCUCACUGGUGGAAUACCAGGAAAUUUCGGAAUGUCACCGGCCUUGGAGACUCUCAAUGUCUCAUUCAACAAGCUAGAGGGUCCUGUCCCAAAAAACGGUGUACUGAGAACAAUCAACCCGAGUGAUCUUGUGGGCAAUGCCGGUCUCUGUGGUAGUGUCCUCCCUCCGUGUACGCGAAAUCCAGCAUUGGCAUCGAGGCAUAGGAAUGUGCACACAAGGAACAUUGUUGCAGGAUGGGUGAUUGGGAUCUCAUCAGUUUUAGCAGUUGGACUCGCACUUUUCAGUGCUCGAACUCUAUACAAAAUGUGGUACUCAAAUGGGAGUUGCUUUGGAGACAGUUUCGAAGUUGGCAAGGGAGAGUGGCCAUGGAGACUGAUGGCAUUCCAGAGGCUUGGUUUCACAAGUACUGACAUUCUGGCUUGUGUGAAGGAAUCAAAUGUGAUCGGAAUGGGAGCUACUGUUGUGUACAAGGCAGAGAUAUCAAGAUCAAACACAGUUGUGGCAGUUAAAAAGCUGUGGAGACCGGCAACAGACAUUGAAACUGGAAGCAGUGAUGAUCUCGUUGGGGAAGUGAAUCUCUUGGGGAGGCUAAGGCAUCGAAACAUUGUUCGGUUAUUAGGAUUUCUGAACAAUGAUACGAAUUUGAGGAUUAUAUACGACUUUAUGCCCAAUGGAAGCUUAGGAGAAACCUUGCAUGGCAAGCAAGCAGGGAGGUUGCUUGUAGAUUGGGUUUCAAGGUACAACAUAGCAGUUGGGGUUGCACAAGGUCUUUCUUAUCUCCACCAUGACUGUCACCCACCAGUCAUCCAUAGAGACAUCAAGUCUAAUAACAUCCUGCUCGAUGCAAACCUCGACGCGAGGAUUGCAGACUUCGGGUUGGCACGGAUGAUGGUUCGAAAAAACGAGACAGUUUCCAUGGUGGCUGGAUCAUACGGUUACAUUGCCCCUGAAUAUGGAUACACAUUGAAGGUUGAUGAAAAGAUAGACAUCUACAGCUACGGCGUGGUUCUAUUGGAGCUUCUAACAGGAAAGAGGCCAUUAGACCCCGAGUUUGGCGAAUCAGUAGACGUCGUGGAAUGGAUUCGGAGGAAGAUUAGGGACAACAGAAGUUUAGACGAAGCAUUAGACCCCAGUGUAGGAAACUGCAAGCAUGUUCACGAAGAGAUGCUCUUAGUCCUUAGAAUAGCAUUGAUUUGCACUGCCAAGCUUCCCAAGGACAGGCCUUCCAUGAGGGAUGUCAUAACGAUGCUCGGAGAGGCUAAGCCUCGGCGAAAAAGCAGCAGCAACAACGAUCCAUAUGCUGCAGCUAAAAAAGACCAGCCUGUGUUUAGCACCUCACCUGUAAAUGGCCUUCUCUAGGGACAGAAUUU